AAGGCAGGCAGGAUGAUAGACAAAGAAAACAAACAAUUCACUAUAUAUCUAUAUUUGAACAUCUUGUUUACUUAUCCGUUGUAUUGAUAAGUGAACACACUACUUUAGUUUGAUAUGGUAUAUACCAACACAAAUUUAACAAUAUUGAUGCUUAUAUAUUGACAAAUAACCAUGUACAUCUAUAAAUACACCCAAAGGGAUAAAGUACGAAUCAAGGCGAUACACCUUUGUUAAUUAUCAUAAAGAUGUACUAAUCAAAAACAAACAAGUGGUAUUUUUCAUAAACUGAGUUUAAUAUCUAACGAAUUUACAUAACAAUAAUUCAGAUUGAUUAAGAUUAAAGAAUAAAACUUAACUCAUUUAUAAAAUCAGAUAACAUGUUAACUAUUCCACGUGAAUCUAAUUUAUUUAAAUACACUGAUGAUUAUUAUCAUAAUCCUCAUAGUAACUCUUUAAUUAAUUACAAUAGUAAUCAACAGAUCAAUCAAUCAACUAAUGCUUUUUUAAAUGAUCAACUAGACAUUGAACAUAAAUCCAUUGAAGGUGUUAAACAUGAACAUUUGAAUAAAAACAUCAUUAACAAUAUAACAACAACAACAACAACAACAACUGAUAACGUAGAUGUUUCUAAAGACAGUCAAAAUUUCAAUUCACCGACUUACAGUCAAAAUUGUUUAACCCCAGUAGUACCUACUAUAAAACUAAUUAGUUUAGAUCAAAAUCAUCAACAUCAUUCUGAUGUUCAAUCGAAUCAGUCAGUAAUUGAAGAUACUUCCUCUAUUAUUGCUUUAUCAUCAUUAGAUAAAUCAGUGUCGAAUUCCACUUCAUUAUCAUCUUCUUUAUCAUCAUCACACAUUGAUUAUAGACCUUCUAAUAGUAAUAUUAAUGAAACACUUUUUCAUAAAUGUAAAUUCUCAAACAGUAUUCAUAAUACUAAUACUACUACUAAUAAUAAUAGAUAUCCAUUGUAUAGUUUACCAUUUGCAAUGGAUUAUUGUUCAAAUAAACUUGUUCAACAACAUGAUGAAAGGAAUAGAAGUUUUACUCCAGAUAAAAUGUUACCAAAUCCCACUACUACGAAUGAGUAUCCAAAAAUUAAACAAUCCAAUGAUGUAUUAACCACAAUAAAUUCUGUAUAUGAUGAUCAAGUACUUUAUAGACAAUCUUCAUUAAUAAAUCAUCAACCUCAUGUUCAAUUUGUUGAUGAUUACCAAAAUUUAGGAUCAAAAACAAAUGAGUUUAACACAAGGCAUUCAAAUUCCGAUCAACAAAAUCAUUCUUACAGUAAUUACUAUUUCCAUAAUCAGAAUAAUAAUAAUAAUAAUGAUCAUAAUAAUGAAUUGGAUAAAAAAGAAUUACAAAUUGUAAGAAAUAAAAAAUCCGAUUUUAUUUUAAUACGUCAACGUAAUCGACGUAAACCGCGUAUUUUAUUUUCACAAACACAAAUUUAUGAAUUAGAACGUCGAUUUAAACAACAACGUUAUUUAUCCUCUCAAGAACGUGAACAAAUGGCAAAUAAUUUGAAAAUGUCAGCACAACAAGUGAAAAUCUGGUUUCAAAAUCGCCGGUAUAAGUUAAAAAGACAAGUUCAAGAUAAAAAUUUGGAAGAAGCUAGUGCAUUACAUCAUCAUUUACAAACUUAUUCUAUACCAUUAUUGCAACAGUCAACGGAAUUAUGCAACCAUGCUACAUCGUUAACAAAUUCGUCAUUAUAUAAUGUUGUCAAUCAGGUAGAUGAUGUUUAUCAUCAAAUUCAAAAUCGUACACGUUUUCCCGAAAUGAAUACAUAUGAAUGGGCAAAUAUAUUUUCUCAAACAUAUAGUAACAACACUACAACUACCGUUACUGCCACCGGUAUUACAAAUAAUGGUAAAAACACCAUUUCUUAUUCAAUGGAGUCAGCAUUUUCAAAUCCAUCGAUUAAUUCAGAUAAAAUAUCUAGUUCUUUAACUAAUUUGAAUGAAGAGAGAUCUACUAAACAUCCAAGUCAGUUCUCAUCAUUAUCUAGCUACUCGGAUUCAAAGUUAUUGCCUCAUCAUUUCAAUGAGAACACUGUUACAGACUUAAGCUAUCCAGUUGAUCAGGCUAGAUCAGUUUUGCCGUCACUGUUACCAUUAUCUAGAAUGCAUCAAUUUCAUAUAGAUUUUGAUUCGACAAAUGAAUCUAGCGUUUUAUCAACACAUAAUGAACAGAAAUUCAGUAAUCCUAAUACUUCAUUAUCUCAACUUCAAUAUACUCAUGAACAGAAUAACUCUGAAAAUGGUCAUGUUAAUAGUCAAUUUACAAAUAAUGUUGGUGUAAUUGAUAUGAAUUGUAAUAACAGUGUUAAUAACAAUAAUUACUCAUAUAAUCAUAAUGACUCGACGAAAAUUUUAAACUCUAACUCUUCAUUGAACAAUGUAACUCCACAAGUAGAUUUAUCAGUUUCCUUUUUGAAUAGUUUCAAAAAUCAGCCAAAUCAAUCUUUAAGGAAUUUUUGUAAUUCUGACCUUUAUGAUAAUUAUUUUGUUAUGAAAAAACAUUUACAAUCAUUACCAACAUCUUCACAAUUAACAUCAACAACUGAUAUAACUACAGGAUUUCCACUAUUCUCAUCAACAGCAGCGGUAACUUCUGAGUCUUCAGUAGUCUCAGAAACACCGAACACAACAGAAACAUAUAUGAAAUUGGAACAGUUUCAUCAAAAUCAUAAUUGGUUCCCAAAUAAUUUAUUUUUCUCAUCAAAUCUAUCCAAUCAUUCUAAUAAUGACUUAGCUAUGUCAACAAGCAAAGAUCAUUCUCAAUUCAAUCAAACCAAUACAAUAUUUCCAUUGUCAAAAUAUAAUGAAUACAAUGAAGAAAUUCAAAAUAUACACAAUAAUGAUAGUAACCUUCCACAUUGUAUGACUAAAAUUAAUUUAGAAUAUCAAACUGUAUUAAACGUAGCUAAAGCUGCAUUUCAAUGUGAAAAUAUGAUAUUGAAUAAGAAAAGAAUACCAUUUACAAAUCAUACAGUUUUAGAAACAAAUGAACAAGAAAACAAUGAGGAAGAAGAAGAAGAUGAUGGUUGUCAUAGAAACCAGACUGAUGAAGAAAAUGAUAAAAGUGAUGAGUUUAUUGCUUAUCGUGAAUACCAAUAGAAUUGUUGUUAUUAUCCAUUCAUUAAUUGAAGAUUGAAUAAGUCAGGGAUAAAUUUGAAAAAUUAAAACUCAUAGUUUUAAUAAACCCCAUUCAAAUCCUCUUCCCUUUUAUUGCAGUUUCUUUUUCCUACUAUUGAAGUAACACUCGGAAAGGUUUACUCAUAUAUACAUAGUUAUCUACGACUAAUAUUGUUGUUAUUAUUAUUGUUACUACUAAUAAUUGUUCUUUACAUGGAAUGUUUUUUUCAAUGAUCUUUACAUACUACUACUAUAAUUGCUGAUAGUACUUAGUGCAUACAUUUAUUUUCUGUUUUAAUAUUUUUGAACUGGAUCAUUCACUUUAAUUAAUGAUAUAAAUUGAACAUUGUCACCGAUGGAAACUGUUUGUUUCAAACAUUAAAAUUAACUGCGCUUGUUUAAACUAUUACUAAACUAACAGUGUUGACUAAUUUAGUUUCUUUUUUUACAGUUAUGCCCUUACCCUUACUAUAUCUAAUCAUACUUGCUCUAUUUCGAUUACUACUUUGAAUAUUAUGAGUAGUAGUGAUUGUAUCAAUGAUAUAUUUGAUGCAAAAAAGGUUUUGCUUUUGGUAAAAAAAACGAGUAGUUUUGAUCAUUUGAUCAGACCAAUAUAUCUAGUAACUGGUUGUUUCUUUACUUUCAGUGUUCAUAAAUGACAGCGUCAUUCGAUUUUACUGACUAGUAAGUGGAAUAGAUUUUCGCCUUUGUGUAAAUCUUUUUUAUGUGCAUAUUAUACCAAUAGCCAUUUACUUUUAGUCUGAGGAAAUCACUUUUCUAUAUAUAAGACAGCUAUUAUAUAUGUAACAUUGUUGAGAUUAGUCAGUUUCUUCGAUUUCAUUUCCUUAGUGCAUUCCUUAAGUAGAAUAAUGUAAGAAUAAUGAAAGAAUCAAAUGAUUUCUGAUUUCUUUUUGCGAAUAUUCUAGUAUAAAUCGAUAUUUAACUCACGUGCUAUACAUAUUUCCAAAGUAAUUCAUGGUUGUGUUCAUCCAGUACUCUGCCUGGAAUUAAGUUCAGGAUCAUUGAUUAUUGCAACUGACACAGCUAGUUAUUUAGACUAUUGAAUCAGCUUUCGAAAAUCUAUGUCCUGUAUCUUUUCUUACUCAUAAUGAAGAAAAGAAAUUAAUUUGAAAAAAGUUUAGGGAUUUUCCG